UUGGUGAACAGUUUGGCUUGCCAGUUCUUGCCAGAUUCUCCAGAGGAUUACUCAAUUCUAACAAUUAAGUGAAUAUCAGUAAAAAAAAAAGUUAUAAAGAACUCAAAAUGAAAGUGUGGCUCCUUUUGGUUGUGAUUCAGAUCAUUCAAAUCUCUCAAAUCCAUGGAAAGUCCUUGAACAUUCCAGACAAAUUGAAUGAAACAAGUGAUAUCCUUGAAUUGAAGCCAAUGAUUGACGCUCUUUUGCAUUCACCAAUUUUUUAUGCGAAAGAUACUGAAGAUUCUCUUAAAGUUGAUAGUGAUAACUCCCAAAGAGAUGAUCCUACAUCAUCUACUGAAGCGAGCACUACCGCGGCUUACACACCAACGGAAUCCACAACAGAUAGUUCUACUCAAUCUGGAACAGAUAGUUCAACCCAAACUGGAACAGAUAGUUCUACUCAAUCUGCAACAGAAAGUUCAACGCAAACUGGAACAGAUAGUUCUACUCAAUCUGGAACAGAUAGUUCAACCCAAACUGUAACAGAUAGUUCUACUCAAUCUGCAACAGAAAGUUCAACGCAAACUGGAACAGAUAGUUCUACUCAAUCUGGAACAGAUAGUUCAACCCAAACUGUAACAGAUAGUUCUACUCAAUCUGGAACAGAUAGUUCUACUCAAUCUGGAACAGACAGUUCUACUCAAUCUGGAACAGAUAGUUCAACCCAAACUGGAACAGAUAGUUCAACCCAAACUGGAACAGAUAGUUCUACUCAAUCUGGAACAGAUAGUUCAACCCAAACUGGAACAGAUAGUUCUACUCAAUCUGCAACAGAAAGUUCAACGCAAACUGGAACAGAUAGUUCUACUCAAUCUGGAACAGAUAGUUCAACCCAAACUGUAACAGAUAGUUCUACUCAAUCUGCAACAGAAAGUUCAACGCAAACUGGAACAGAUAGUUCUACUCAAUCUGGAACAGAUAGUUCAACCCAAACUGUAACAGAUAGUUCUACUCAAUCUGGAACAGAUAGUUCUACUCAAUCUGGAACAGACAGUUCUACUCAAUCUGGAACAGAUAGUUCAACCCAAACUGGAACAGAUAGUUCAACCCAAACUGGAACAGAUAGUUCUACUCAAUCUGGAACAGAUAGUUCAACCCAAACUGCAUCACAAACUCCAACGCAAACUGCAACACAAACUGCAACACAAACUUCAACACAAACUCCAACGCAAACUCCAACACAAACUCCAACGCAAACUCCAACACAAACUGCAACACAAACUGCAACAGUAACUGGAACGCAAGAAACAACACCUCAGUCUACCAACCCAACUCCGAAUCCUAAUAGUGCAUCUAUGUUAUCAGUAAACUUUGUACUUCUUCUAGUUUCUAUGUACAUCUUUGCGCAUUAAAAACAAAUUUUGUAACAAAAAAAGCAUUAGAAUAAUAUAAAUAAAUAUAAAUGAAUAUACUUAAA